UCGAGGGCCUCAUCACCGUGUUCCACUCAUACUCAUCCAAAGAGGGCGACAAGUACAAGCUGAGCAAAGCCGAGCUGAAGACUCUGCUGCAGGAGGAGCUCACUGACUUUAUGGCCGUGAGUAUCGGGUCCAGCAGACCUCACUGAAUGAGACCACAUGGACCACCCUUCAUCACCCACAUUGUUCUGUUGUCGUCUUGGCUUCAGGGCAACAACGACGCAGCCGCCAUUGACAAGAUCAUGACUGACCUGGACGAAAACGGGGACCAUCAACUGGACUUCCAGGAGUUUGUGGUUCUGGUGGCUGCACUGACGGUCGCCUGCAAUGACUUCUUCGAAGGCUGCUGCAAGAACAAACGCUAG